CGCAUUGUUUUCCGCCAGACAAGACAUCGUGAAAAAUAUUCGGCGCGCCAUUUCUGUGUUUGUGCUUCCAAAAUAACUUUGUGCGGGCUCAAUAUAUUAAAAGUUGCAUUAUUAUUGUUAAACGAUCACCCGUUUGAUCGUCUUCGAGUUUGCCGCACCCGAAUAACAACACAAAGGCACUCACAAGAUACGCAUACAUUACAUAUACAUAAACAUAUAUUUGCGCAACCCGAGCUCGUGUUUCACUCCUUUGUGAACUCAUUUGACGACUUGCGAUUAGUGUUUAGUGUAUGUUUGUGUGUACCAAGAGCUAGCCGGCAGAUCGAUCAAGAUGUUUGGCGGCGCUAAGCCCACAUUUGGCACCGGUACCGGAACCACGGGCUUCGGAACGUUCAGCAACAGCGCAGCUGCAACGCCAUUUGGUCAAUCGGCGUUUGGGAAGCCAGCGACUCCAGCGUUUGGAGGCACAUCCGCUUUCGGCGCCCAACCGACGCAGCCCUCGAUGUUUGGCACCACACCGGCAGCGAACCAACAGCCUGGCGGCUUGUUUGGUAGCUCGACGACAACCAGCGCUUUUGGCGGCACCACCACAGCGCCCUCAUCAUUUGGAGCAUUUUCACAAGCUCCACAAACAUCCAACAUAUUUGGCUCCACGCAAGCAGCUCCAAAUACCUCGCUGUUUGGGCAGGGUGCGACGAGUGCCUUUGGCGCCGCAAAACCCGCCACUUUGGGCCUGAGCAGCUUUGGACAAACUCCGGCAGCCCAGCCACUGUUUGGUCAGCAAGCGACUGCUGCUAGCACUUCGGGCUUUGGCGGUUUUGGUCAGGCAGCGCCAACGACGACAAAUGUGUUUGGCAGUGGCGCUGCGUCGGCAUUCGGACAACCGCAAACUGUGGCUGUGGGGGCGGCGGGCGGUGUCAAUCCGGGCACUUCAGUGGCCAAGUACCAGCCCACCAUUGGUACGGACACGCUCAUGAAGGGUGGGCAGGCAAACAAUGUGAAUACGAAACAACACUGCAUUACCGCAAUGAAAGAGUACGAGAUGAAGUCACUGGAGGAACUGCGUCUAGAGGACUAUUUGAGUUCGCGCAAAGGUCCGCAGGCUGGCAGUGCCAUUGUGCGACGGGAAACUUUCAACUCGGAGCAUGGUAAUGACACUACACUGUCCAUACGCUCCAUCGAUUCGGAGCAACGCUUAUCCGUCGAGCCAGCUGUCGAAGCAGAAAUCAAUGCUGACGCUGACUAUGAGCCCCACCCAACGGGUAUUGUGCUCCGCCGUGUGGGCUACUAUACCAUACCUUCUCUGGAAGACCUCAAGUCGUAUCUGGCCGAGGAUGGGUCCUGCGUGGUGCCCAAUUUUACAAUUGGCCGCGAAGGUUACGGCAACGUUUACUUUGGCAAAGAGCUUGACGUAGCCGGCCUUAAUCUGGAUGAGAUUGUACAUUUUCGCAACAAAGAGGUCAUHAUAUAUCCGGACGAUGACAAUAAGCCACCCAUUGGCAAUGGCUUGAAUCGUGAAGCUCAGGUUACAUUGGAUCAGGUGUGGCCAUUAGACAAGACCAAGCAUGAAGCCAUCAAGGAUCCACAGCGCUUGCUCGAAAUCGACUGGGAGGGCAAAUUGCGUCGCGUCUGUGAUAAGAAUUCAACACGUUUCAUUGAGUAUAGGCCAGAGACAGGCAGUUGGGUGUUCCGCGUCAAACACUUCUCCAAGUACGGUCUGAACGACAGCGACGAGGAUGACGAUGUGCCCACGGAUCCUAAAAAAGCCAAAACAAUUACCACGGAUGCGCAACGCUUAGCUACCACUUCUACCGAUAAAGUGAAYUUGACCUCUUUGCACAAUGCCCAACGGAUUUCGGAAGAGGCCGCACGCAACAUAGAUCCAAAAUCAUUGGCCGCCGGCGUUGCCAGCGGCUUUCGCCCCAUGGACAACUCGGCGGAGUUUUUAAUGAUGGAUAAGACACAGUUCUUUCAAGCCGGCAGCGGCGCAGAUUUUACCAUGUUUGAUGCACCACGUACUGUGCCUAGCCCAACAGCUGCUCUGGCCCAGGAUAUUGUAGGCAAACAACCGCACAAAAUGCARUUGAUGAAAUCAUCWCUGUUUGUAGAAGAUCAAGGCAGCGACGAUGAAUUAGAUGCACAGCCAAAAUUGAAUCCACCUCAGGUGAAGCGCACCCCCAAUUUAUUUAACAAGGACACAUAUCUGUGGAAGGAACCGGCUGCAUCGGAGAGCUCAAGUGAUUAUGGUCGACAAUCACCACUUUUGGCCGUCUCCUCAUCUGCUUCAGUUACCAGUAUAAUUCGCGACGUCCAAUCGGAGGAGGCUUCAUCGGUGGUAGCUGAAAGUGUGAAGCCAGCCCAAAAGAAGACUCCAGCAACAUCUUUGGGCAACCAACUCAAACCAUUCGACUUUGUUAUAAAACCCAAAGUGGCACCUAUUAAGGUYUUCGGCUCAGUAGUACCCUUGACUCGAUCCAUAGCAUAUGGUCACUACAGUCACUGGAUUGCAGAUCUCGGCUUCUACAAAGGACGAAGCUUCAAACUCAGCUUUGGACCACAAAACACAUUAAUGAUACCCAACACGUUUAACAAUCUACGCAGCGUUCAUGAGGUCAAAAACAAGAUGUUGCCCGCGGCGCUAGUGUUUCAGCCACGAGCCUCUAAUGAUUUAUCAUCAAAUGUGCUACAGCGUAUAAAGUUCAACACGGUGGAUAUGUAUACUCAGUUUGCCGAAAGCAUUGUGCCUCAUUUGAUAGUCCAACUGGAAGAUUGCAGCUUCAACAAGGUGGAGGGCAGCGGAUGCCCUUGGCUGCAGUCCAACAAUGGAACACAACUGAUUGCCAARCACCUGGCCGAAGCCAUUAAGCUGAACAAUACCAGCACCAUGGCUGCCUAUGGUGUGUCCGUGUGGUCGCUUCUAUUUGCACUGUGGGGAGAGCAUGAUGAGCUCAUUGGACGGGAUGACAACUCACAUUAUGUGAUCAUGUGUCGGCGCAAUCUGCUUUCGGAGUGGUUGGAAAACACGCUGGUUAGCAAAGACCUGUUAUCAAAGAAGGUCAGCAGCAAUAGCUACCUAGAGCACAUGCUAGAAUUGUUAAGCUGCCAUCGUGUAACCGAAGCUUGUGAAUUGGCUUUUAAAUACGAUGAUGCAAACUUGGCUUUGAUCCUGGCGCAGCUUAGCUCUGGGGCUGUGGUGCGUCUACUCAUGGAGGAGCAACUGUUUGCUUGGCAACAGAGCAAAUCCGAUAAAUACAUAAGCCUGGAGCGUAUCAAGAUGUUCAUGUUGGCCGCAGGCGUGCCACUAAUGAUGUCCUCGCAUGGUCCCAUAAAUCUGCUUGAGGACGGUAACUGGCUAAACGUAUUGGCGUUACAGCUWUGGUACUUUACUGCGCCCACGUCGACAAUAACUGAUGCCUUGCUGGAGUACGACAAGGCCUUCCAAGCCGAAGAGCUCUACGCGCAUGAGCCGAAACCAAGUUACAAUGGCACCCCCUACAAGAGCAAGAAUCCUGUAUAUGAUYUGCGUUACCACCUGCUGCAGCUCUUCUCCAAGCGUAAGCAUUCCYUGGAGCAAACAUUGAACCCAAUUACACAUACCUCCGAUCCAAUGGACUUUCGGCUGAGCUGGAUGCUGCUGCAAACCUUAGAAGCACUAGGCUAUAGACAUUGCARCCCCUUGACAGAGGCGCAGUUUCACGUGGAUUUUGCCAGCCAGCUAGAGAAUGAGGGCUUGUGGCAAUGGUCCGUAUUUGUGCAAUUGCAUAUCAAAGAUCGUAAUCAGCGUGAACGCGCUGUGCAGCACACACUGCAACAGCAUGUCAGCAUAGACGCCCAUGCGGCACUGAGCGAAGAGGAGCAGUUUGUCAUCCACCAAUUAGGYGUGCCGGAAACYUGGGUGGACUAUGCAAAGGCAUUAAAAGCUGGUGCCAAAGGCCAGCGCCACAUGCAAGCAAAGUAUUUAUUAAAGGCCAAGCACUGGGUGUUAGCCCAUGAAAUCAUCUACCAAUAUAUUGCACCAGAUGCCGUGAUAAACAGUAACUUGGAGUAUUUGUACAAUCUGCUGAGCCAGUUUGAGUCUACGGACAGCACCGUCAAAGUACCAAACUGGACAAAUCAGGGUCAGAUAUUUCUGGAUUACAUUGAUAUCAACGAAAAGUUCAAGCACAUACACAACGUAAGCAGCGUGGAGGAUAUACAAGCGCGCUGGGAAAAUCUGAAGCCACAGCUCAGUGAAAUUUGUUCACGUAUCAGUCUGCUGCCAUGCCCCACAUCCAAGCAUCGUCUUUGCCAGAGCGAAAUAGCAAAGAGCUUGAGCUGCUUGGUGAAUGGCAUGUGCAUAGUUUGUCCUGAACUGGAGCCAUGUGUUGUAUUAAGAAUGGCUUUAGAGCGUUUGCCCAUGCCUCAAGAGUUUUCCACCAAAGAGCUCAACAAUCUGCUCGACGAGCUGAUGCAAAAGAUACAGAGCCAGCGACCAUUCACGGAAUCGGAAACAGCGCCACUCCGGACCAACGAGAGCAUAUUGAUGCAAAGCUAAAUAAUAUGGACACAUUCAUAGAUAGAUAAACCUGGAAAAAUUGAAAAACAGACGAUAUAUAGUUUAGCCUACCAACCAUUUCAAUUAGAGUUAAUAUAUAUAUAUAUAGUUUUACAUAUAAAAAUACGCAUGCAGUUAACUGUUAUGACAAAAAUAUAAAUAACUUAAAAGAAAAAUGAAAAUUUGUGUAAAGUAAGCUACGUUUCGUUA